AUGUUCGACAAAUGCCCAUUCAAGAAGAUUGUACUUCUGAGACCACGCCACAAACCCAAAUUCGAGCUCAAAUCGCUCUCGAGGAAGCAGGGGGCGCUCAUACAGAGCCGUGGCGAUGUCGCAGAAAACGCGGUGAGGGUCCUCCGCGCCCAACAGUGGUCAACUUGUGGUGUUGUCGAUGCAAAGGAAAAAACCAAAGUAGAGGGAACCCAUGCUAGCGAGGAGGGGAACAUGUAUAUCGAUGACGAUGCCGAAUGGACCUAUGGUAAUGUUCGGCCGCUCUAUCAUGUGAGGAGAACCCGUUGCCAUAGCUGUCCUAGCGGGGGAAGAUUUGUCCCAUUCUAUCCAGACAUUGCUUUCAUCUGCUAUCGCCGAUUCACAGCAUUUCAAGUUGAUCAUGGCAAGUACGAUAUGGCUGUCAAAGAAGCUAUGCUGGAUGACUGGCCAUCAUCAUCAGCCGAGCCGCGAUGGUACAGGAAAUAA